AUGUCCGUUCGAGUGUUGCUUCUGGGCGGUGGAGGCAGGGAGCACGCUCUUGCAUGGAAGCUGGCCCAGUCUACCCUCCUUGAACACACUUAUGUCUGUCCAGGCAAUGCAGGAACCAGCCAGGAGCCCAAAACCACAAACAUCACAGAUAUCCCCCCCGAUGACUUCCCCAGGCUGGUUCAGUUUGCAGUCGAGAACCAGGUGAAUCUUGUCCUUCCUGGUCAGGAACAACCUUUGGUCGAUGGCAUUGAAGGUUUCUUCCGCAAAGUUGGUAUCCCUGUUUUCGGUCCCAGUGCACUCGCGGCUAGAAUGGAAGGCUCGAAAGCCUUUUCAAAGGACUUCAUGGCUCGACACAAUAUCCCAACCGCCCAAUACAAAACUUUCCAAUCCUCACAAGUCGACCAAGCAAUCGAAUAUGUCAAGACUUGCGGACACCGGGUAGUGCUUAAAGCAAGCGGACUGGCUGCUGGAAAAGGUGUUCUCAUACCUGAGACUACUGAGGAGGCCGUCACAGGGUUGAUCGAGAUAAUGGUGGCCAAUGCUUUUGGAGACGCAGGAAACGAAGUUGUCGUCGAAGAGCUCCUGACUGGUCCCGAAAUAUCUGUAUUGGCGAUAUCAGAUGGAUACUCUAUCUUUACCCUCCCUGCUGCCCAGGAUCACAAGCGAAUUGGUGAAGGGGACACUGGGCCUAACACAGGAGGAAUGGGGGCAUAUGCGCCAGCGCCGGUGGCGACGCCUGAAAUAUUGCACAGGAUCAUGAAGGAGGCGCUACGGCCGACAAUUGACGGGAUGAGAAAAGAAGGCUUCCCUUUCCUCGGAAUGCUCUUCACUGGAUUCAUCCUCACACCUUCGGGUCCAAAGGUUCUUGAAUACAACGUCCGUUUCGGAGACCCGGAGACAGAGGCUCUCAUGCUUCUUCUGCACGAAGAUGUGGACCUAGCCGCCCUGUUGCUUGCCUGCGCUGAAUACCGCCUAGAUUCAGUACCCAUAAAAUUCCAGGACGGUAUCGCUGUCACAGUUAUACUCGCCUCGGAAGGCUAUCCCAGAAGCUACCCGAAAGGCAAGAAAAUUACAAUCGGCCAGGUGCCUUCAAACGUCGUGGUCUUCCACGCCGGUACAAAAAACGCGGGAGAGGACAUUGUUACUGCCGGCGGGCGUGUCCUAGCUGUCACCGCAUCUGCCCCUACUCUAGAGGAGGCAUUAAAAGCGGCGUAUACUGGUGUUGACCAGAUCGACUUCGAAGGCAAAACAUUUAGACGGGACAUCGCUCACAGAGCACUGGCCGCGAAGUCAGAAAAAUCGGGUGGCCUGACUUACGCUCAAGCCGGCGUUUCUGUGGAUGUGGGUAAUGCACUGGUAGAGGCUAUCAAGCCUCUCGUUCGCGCCACACGGCGGCCAGGUGCAGAUGGAGAGAUCGGUGGAUUUGGUGGUGUCUUCGACUUGAAGGCUACCGGUUUCAAAGACCCGGUGCUGGUCAGUGGGACUGAUGGUGUUGGCACGAAACUGAGACUAGCUGUUGACGCGGGCAUUCACGACCUUGUCGGCAUCGAUCUCGUCGCCAUGUCGGUGAACGACCUCCUCGUGCAAGGUGCUGAGCCCCUUUACUUUUUGGAUUACUAUGGAUGUGGGAAGCUCGACGUGUCAGUUGCGACCCAAGUUGUCAAAGGUAUCGCCGAAGGCUGCAAGCAGGCCGGAUGUGCCUUGAUCGGCGGCGAGACUGCUGAGAUGCCGGGCAUGUAUGCUGCAGGGGACUACGACCUCGCAGGGUUCGCUGUUGGGGCUGUGGAACGGGACCAGAUCCUUCCUCUCCCAAACAUAGUAGCUGGCGAUGUCGUCCUUGGUGUUUCUUCAUCUGGCUUGCACUCGAACGGCUUUUCCCUGGUUCGCAAGAUCAUUGCACGUUCCGGCCUGUCUUACUCCUCACCUUGUCCUUGGAAGCCAGAAGCGACUCUCGGUCGUGUCCUCCUGGAGCCGACACGGAUAUACACCUCCCAGAUCCUACCGUUAGCCAAACGCCAUCUGUUGAAGGGGAUGUCGCAUAUAACCGGUGGUGGUUUCAUCGAAAACAUCCCAAGGGUGCUACCAAAAGGCUUGGGCUGCUACAUCGACGCGUCAACCUGGGAGUUACCACCUGUGUUCCGUUUCCUGUUGAAGAACGGGAACGUCGACCCUCUGGAAAUGGCCAGGACUUUCAACAACGGCAUCGGAAUGGUGCUCAUAGUUGCAGCUGAUCAAGUGGACGAGGUCAUUCAAGCUUUGCAGAGCGGGGUCUAUCGCAUUGGAGAAGUAACAACAACACCAGGAGUGGAGAUGAGGAAUGUAUUGACAUGGGCGACGUGA